GGUCCGGCCGAGAACACUAUGGCUGCCGCCAUUCGGCCACCCGGGCCUGGCCUUCUGCUGGUGCUGCGGAGAUCCACGUUUCCCGGGGUGGAAGAUUUUGUCUCCACCUGCUGCCGCUGCCCUCUGGGAGCUAAAAGAUAUCUACUUACAGAUAAUAUUGUGAAAUUAAAAGAAUUUCAGCAUAAGAAGGUGGCUAUUGGACAUAAUCUACCAGGCACAAAAGAAACCUUCUUGAGACAACUGGAAAACAAAGUAAACCAGAACAAACUCAUCUUGAAGGAGGAAUUGAGAACUUUGCUGCAUUUGUGUGAAUCCCGGGAUGAUGUAGAACUGGCUAAAAAUGUCAUCCACAGAUACCAUGAAGAAAACAGAAAUAUCACACUGGGGGAGUAUAAAUUUGGACCACUUUUCAUGAGGUUAUGCUACGAAUUGGAUCUUGAGGAAUCUGCAGUGGAGCUCAUCAAAGAUCAGCGUUUACAGGGUUUCUUCUCUGAUGCCACAUCUUUCAAUAUUCUGAUGGAUAUGUUAUUUGUCAAAGGCAAAUAUAAAAGUGCAUUGGAAGUGUUGAUUCAGAUGAAAAAUCAAGAUGUUAAGUUCAGCAAAGAUACCUAUGUCCUUGCUUUUGCAAUUUGCUACAAACUGAAUACCCUUGAGUCUUUCAAGAUCUGUAAUACAUUAACAGAAGAAGCCUUAAUCAAGGGAGAAGUCCUUUCUAGAAGAGCUUCCUGCUUUGCUGUGGCAUUAGCUCUGAAUCAGAACCAGGUGGCAAAAGCUGCGUCUAUUUUUUCUCAUAUCGUGAAGUCAGAAAGUAUAAUCUAUACUAAUUUAAAUAUUAUGAUCCACAUCCAGUCCAAUAUGUUAAAAAAGCUGAUUGAGAUCCUAAAGGAAGCUGCAGAGGAAAAUUUAUCAAAAUUUGUGAAAAGGCCUAUGUUCUCAGAAGAAGUGUUGGCCAACGUGAAGGAAAAAGUGAAGGAUGUGCCUACCCUUCUGGCCAGAUUCAAUGAGAUCUAUUGGAAACUCCAAGACAGUGGCCAAGUGACUGCCUGCACUUUGGACGAUCUGCUCUGCCAUAUCCCCAGGGACAGGAACUCCCACAUGGUCCUGUUCAAUAAGAGGACAGUCAGCCGCCGUACCUUCCAGCCACUCAACCAAUCCCUGUGGGCUGAGUGACCCAAGGUCCACAGCCAUGAAUGGGAAGGAGACCAGCCUCUGGUAAUGGAAUAGUCUGAGGCCUCAGACUCCAGCAGACAUGCUGGAUAACACCUGAUUUUGUCCUUCUAUAUUCAAGUUUGUGAAGGGCCUGCUACUCACCUGAAAAGUCAGUAUGUUUGCUGUGCUAAGGAUCUAUAUUGAAGCUAGUAGGAAGCUUGGCUCUCAGAUAAGACACUUAUUGGAAUUGUAGAAGAUUUUAUUUUUAAUUUGGGGCACACCCAGCAGUGUUAAGGGAUUAUUCCUGACUCUGCUCUCAGGAAUCAUUCCUGGUGGUGGUCUAUGGCCUGCCAGAGAUGAAACCUGGGUUAGCCAAGAACAAGGCAAGCAUCCUAGCCACUGAACUACCGCUCUGGUUUUGGUUGCUGAAGAAUCUUGAAGAAACAUGUCAUAGUCUCC